AUGAUGUUCUCAAUUCGGUGCAGAUGUGGCGUUUCUCAGGACAUUUCUCUACAUUUUCGUACCAAAGGAUGUUCAAAAUUCAGUGUGAAGUUAUUUGCGGGAGUUACUGGCGAAAAUGUACAAAAAACAGACGAACGCUCCAUAGAGGAUCUGCCCGGUCCUCAUUCAGAUCUACAGGGCAUCGCUCUGGCGAAGAAAUUUUUCUUGAAUGGUCUUAAAAUCCUUUCUUUCCAACAGAAGAUAAAUGAGGCAGAUGCUGGGAAAAUCGUGUUAAAAGCUCAACUUAGGAAUGUGGAACAGUUCGGUCCAAUAUUCAGGACAAAAUUUAUGGGCCUUCGGGCCGUUGACUUUGUGAAGAUUUCAAACCCAGUCGAUGUUUCCACCGUUUUAAGAUCUGAGGGCCGAAUUCCGAUCCGACCUGAUAGUCCAGUGAUGGAAUACUACAGGAAAAAAACUAACAAACCCGCUGGAAUAAUCUUCGACAAUGGUUUGAGCUGGUACAAGCAUCGAAAAUGUAUCAACGAACGAAUGCUCCAGCCGAGGAGUGUGGCUGAUUACGAACCUGCUUUUAAUAAGAUUGUCACAGAAUUUGUUGCUCGGCUGGAAAGACUUCGCGGUAGUCACGGCUUGGAAAAUGAAAUUCCAUCGCUAGAGGAGGAACUUUUUAAGUGGUCUUUUGAGUCAGUAUCGUUGAUGCUGUUUGACGAGAGGUUUGGUGCUCUGGAGGACCAAAUUCACCCGGAAGUGAAAGAGUUCAUUUCCGCUGUAAACAACUUUCUGCAAAGCACAGCUCACAUUGAUGUGCAACCACUGUGGCUGCACAAAAUAUUUCAAACCAAAAUGUACAAACAGUUUGCAGAAAGUUAUGAUAAAUUUUAUGAAUUUACCGAUAAGGCUAUUAAAAGGAAGCUGAUGAAGUUUGCAAACCAAGGUGAGCUUUCACAACCACCUCAAGGCCAAAUUCAGAACAUCGAGUUCCUAAAAUAUCUGGUCUUGGCUUCCGAUUUGACUCAUGAAGACCUUUUAGCUACUUACGUUGAUGUAUACUUUGCUGGAGUCGACACAACAGCAACUUCAGUCCUCUGGUGUUUAUACGAGUUGGCAAAAAAUCCAGACAAACAACUAAAUUUGUAUCAGGAAAUUUCCUCAGUCCUGAAGCCCGGAGAACUCGUCACCAAUGCAACGCUGUCUAAGUUACCCUACCUAAAAGCAUGUAUUAAGGAAGUCCUCAGAUUAUAUUCAAUCUUUUUCUUAGCCAGAGUUACUGAACAGGAUUUGCUCUUGAGCGGUUACAAAAUUCCUUCUGGAACCCACGUAAUGAUUCUAAAUCAUGCAAUGUCUCUGAGUGAGCAGUAUUUUGAAGAUCCGUUGUCUUUUACACCAGAAAGGUGGCUGAGAGAAAGUAAGAAUCCAUCUGAGAGUGGAAGAAACAUCAACGCCUUUGCUUCUCUUCCAUUUGGAUUUGGAACACGAAUGUGCAUAGGCCGGAGGGUAACAGAACUGGAGCAAUACUUAUUGCUGACACGACUCAUACAAAAUUAUCAACUCCUUGAUGCUACUGGUGAAACAGUGGAGAAGACAACUCAUGGACUUGUUAUUAUCCCGGAUCGUCCAAUAAAAGUCCAGUUUUUGAAACGGAAGGAGUCGUCGUUAUGA